UACAUCAAACACGCUCUCUGCUCUCUCCGGCAGGAUCAGUCAUUUCGUAAAACGCCUCAUCUUUUUUUCUUUUACCACCUCUUCAUCUGCAUGAGGAAUACAUACUGAUUUUACCAUGUCGGGUUCCGAGCCACCGUCAGGGGACUCUGGUGGAGCGGGAGGGUAUGCAGUCUUUUACCCGGCGGGAUACCAGGCGUUGAACCCGGAGGAGCACGGCCUAGACCGCGGCUUCCGACUCACGGCCUUCUCUGAUAUGAAAGGAUGAGGGUGUAAAGUCCCGCAGGAGACUCUGCUCAAACUCCUGCAGGGACUGGAGCCUGACCGGCCGCCCGGAGAGGAUGGCGGUUUGGGGACGGGUGUUGGAGACGAAACCGCUGACUUUGGGCUUGUUUCGGCUGCUCAGGGUCCUCGACUAGGUAUUGGAAUGGACUCAUGUGUGAUCCCACUAAGACAUGGAGGUCUCUCCCUGGUCCAAACCACAGAUUUCUUCUAUCCUUUAGUGGAGGACCCUUACAUGAUGGGACGAAUCGCCUGUGCAAAUGUCCUGAGUGAUCUGUACGCCAUGGGCAUCACAGAGUGUGACAACAUGCUCAUGCUCCUCAGUGUCAGUCAGAAGAUGAACGAGAAGGAGAGAGAUUUGGUGUUGCCUUUAAUGAUGAAGGGUUUCCGUGAUGCGGCGGAGGAAGGCGGGACUUCAGUCACUGGAGGACAAACAGUCAUCAAUCCCUGGAUCAUAAUUGGGGGCGUGGCUUCUGUGGUCUGCCAGCCCAAUGAUUUCAUUUUGCCUGACGGGGCUGUACCUGGGGAUGUGUUGGUUCUCACAAAACCUCUGGGAACUCAAGUAGCAGUGAAUGCCCAUCAGUGGCUGGAUAUACCUGAGAAAUGGAAUAAGAUAAAAUUGGUGAUUUCCAGGGAGGAAGUGGAGCAAGCCUAUCAGGAGGCUAUGCUCAAUAUGGCCACCCUCAAUCGCACUGCUGCUGCCUUAAUGCACAAAUUUAAUGCACACGCUGCCACAGACAUCACUGGGUUUGGGAUCAUUGGUCAUGCACGAAAUCUGGCCAAGCAGCAGAAAAACGAUGUUGCCUUUGUCAUUCACAACCUUCCCAUUAUCUCUAAAAUGGCCGCGAUCAGCAAAGCUGGUGGAAACCUGUUUGGGCUUUUGCAGGGCACAUCUUCCGAAACAUCAGGUGGUCUGUUGAUCUGUUUGCCACGGGAGCAAGCAGCCCGGUUUUGCGCAGAGAUGAAAUCCAGCCGCAUGGGUUUGCUGGGAGCUGGGCAGGAUGGAGGGGUGGGCGAUGGGCAACAAGCUUGGAUCAUUGGCAUCGUGGAGAAGGGCAAUCGCUGCGCCCGCAUCAUUGACAAACCUCGGAUCAUAGAGGUCCCGUACCGUGGCUCAGUGGUCAGCGUGCAGGAAGGGAGCAACAAUAAUGCCAGUCCUCCUGAGGUGCAGCUGGCAUAAGAACUGCACACUGCCACAGAGAGUCUCUUUACUCCUGACCCUCAUCAUAUCCUCAGUGAGAAUGAUUGAUUUGAACGUGUGCGUGUCCAUUAUGUUUGUGUGAAGCACAGCGUAAUAUGUGGCUAACUCCUGCUGUCCAUUUCCUCCCCCUGUUCAGCCAAAAGGCUGAGAGCAACAGACCAAAAAUGUUUUAAUUUACCUGGUGGGAGAUGGAAUGGACAACAAGCAAAUGUAUUUACAUCUAUCAUUCUUUUCUUCAGCUCAGGCACACACCCCUUCACUCUGUUGUUUUUUUUUUUAGGCUGAGCCAUUUUUCACGUUUACCAGUUGUUCUUGAAGUAGAUAUUUCACCCAAACUUUUAUUUAUUCACUCUCAUGUUGCUUUAAAUCUGUGUGCUGCGAUAUUGUGAAACACAAACCAAGGAAUAGGUUUUUAUACAACAAAUCAUAGUUACCAUGACUAUAAAAACAUCAUGCAGAGUUGCUCUUUUUCACUGGGGUCUUUUAAACCCAACCAUUGCAAAAAGGGAUUUUUUUAAAAACUUAACCUUUAAACACAGCAUAGUGAUGACUGCUUUCUUAAGUUAACAUAAUUGUAUUAAUAAGAUUAACAAGAUUGUAUUUAUGCUUAAAAUAGACAAAAUGUUAAUGGGGAAAAGAAAGUGGACAUUUUCUGUUGAAAUAACUCACUCUUCUACAGACAAUAGACAACUUUGAAAGGCAUUUUCUUGUUCAAUUUAGGGUAAAUCUUAUCUGUGUGCUGAAAAAUGAAUGUAAAGGUAUUUGUACUGGACAUCAAAAAAUAUUGAGUAGAAAUAUAACAUGUUUUUCUGUGAAAAUACUUUUAAAGGUUAAAAACUUGACGAGUAAUAUAGUUUUUGGGUUUAUAUGAAAAAAGACUAUUUUCUGUUCCUCUAAAAAAAUAACAGCAUACAGACUUGGAACAUGAAGGUGAAUAAAUAAUGAAUACAAUUUUGGGUGAACUAGUUUUCCCCCUAAAAAGGUUUGACCACAGACAGUUCUGAUGACUAUUUUUCCCUGCUAGAAAAUAGUUUGAAACCUUAUCCAGAGCUUAAUUGUUUCAUCUUUAUAAGGUUCUGCAUUUUGUGGCCACAUGCUAAAAUAAAGCCGGGUUGCCUAAGAAAACAUUCCAAUGAGUUCCCGAUCUACCCAACAUAAAGAUCCUAAAAUGACAAUCAAAUGUUUUCGUUUAAGCCAUCUGACAAAACGUGUCAAAUCUGGACACGCUGUCACAAAUGUAUCCCGGGGACGUAGGUUAAAUUGAGAUAUUUAAUGGUACAAUCAAUAUUUAUUUAGUGUCAGAUUUAAAUGCAGUCAUCCAAAUUUCAAGUGAAUAUUUUUUUUCUUUUCAUAUUUUCGUGUGUUUAUUUUGUACUGUCCGCAUCUGAAUCAUCUAGUUUUAAUAGGACAUCUGUGUAACAUUGACAUGCCUGGUGAAAUUAGCGUAGGGUUUUCUCUAGUGGGUGAUUCUCCUGAAUGCGGUGAGCAUAUGCCGGUUAGAGUAAGUUAGACUGGUUCUUUGUUCAAUAGAAUAUGCACAACAUGUGUCAUGGUUUUAGAGGCAGCAGAUAAUUAUGAAUGAAAUGGAUGAUGUGUGUGCGGUGUAAACUCUUUCUUCUGCUCAAAACCAGCAGACUGAGGGAGAGAAAAUAAAGGCAGUCUGGUUCUCCCGCUUGCAUCUGAGAAAGGGUUGAGCAGCUUUCUCUGGUCCAGCAGUUGAGAGCCCAGAAUGCCAGUUGUGCCGUUUGAAUGUGUGUAACAGAACAGCAGUGUCCAGUGUCCUCUUUAUGACACCUCUCUCUUUAACCCCAGCUAAUGGGACGGGUGAGGUUGAUGUUAGAAAGGAAUGGAUAGGCUGAUCUUUCCAUUCAUUCACCUGGCUCUAGUCUUUUCAUCGCAGCUUCCAUUCUUUAAACAUUGUGACUCAAUAAAGCUGUAAUUUCUCUAAA